AUGGAGCUGAAGAAGGACAGCAACGCCGUGUCCAUCGACAUGCUGCUGAUCGUGCACUCGGAGAAGCGGCGCGCGGCUCAGGGCGCGCACUCGGACCGGCCGGCGGACCCGGGCGCGCCGCCGCAGCGCAGAGGAGGAUUUCAAGGCGUCGGGAACGGAAUCCGGAGAUGGCAGAAACUAGAAGGAAAUGACCUACAUGGGAACCUGGUGGAGAAGCAGCAUGCCCAGCAGACCCAGGUCAUCACUUCCUACGACAACCAAGGAACACAGCUGACUGUGGAGGUCCACCCUCGGGAUGCCAUGCCCCAGCUGUUCAAGAAGUUCUCCUUAGCUAAACGUUUACAAGUUGAUAGAAAUGGAAACACAAGACCCCGGCAGCCUGGAGGGAAAGACACCCAUGCCUACCCCUGGGAUCGCUCCAGCCUGAAGUCCAUGCCCCUGGACCUGCGGCAGUUUGAGAAGCUGGACACCUAUGCCUCACAGGUGACAGUCAAGAGCGGCCUCGAGGAGCUGGUGAGCGACCUGCUCCAGGAGGCCCACAGUGACCUGGAGAUUGUCCGUGCCAUCUGGAUCUGGAUCUGCCACCAUAUAGAAUACGACAUCGAGGCUGCCCAGGAGAAGGACCGUCAGGCCUUCAAACCCACCGCCAUCCUGCAGACCCAGAAGACCAACUGUGACGGCUAUGCUGGGCUCUUUGAGAGAAUGUGCAGGAUCGCUGGAGUGCAGUGCAUGACCGUGCCCGGCUACUCCAAGGGCUUUGGCUACCAGCCGGGGCAGAGCUUCUCCGGGGAGUUUGACCAUGCCUGGAAUGCCGUGUUCCUGGAGGGGAGAUGGCACCUGGUGGACAGCACCUGGGGCAGUGGCCUGGUGGAUUCCUCCACGUCCAAAUUCACCUUCCUCUACAACGAAUUCUACUUCCUCACCCACCCUGCACUGUUCAUCGAGGACCAUUUCCCAGACAACAAGAACUGGCAACUGCUCAAACCCCCUCAAUCCCUGAGGCAGUUUGAGAACAACAUGUAUCACAAGAGUGAGUUCUACAACAAGGGGAUGCUGAGCGCCCAGCCGCAGACUUCCAUCAUCAAAACAGUGAAUGGAAAGGCCACGGUCACCAUCGAGAGCUGUGCUCCGACACAGUUCAUGUUCAUGCUCAACGGCAAGCAGGAGCACGGGCUGCUGAGCCUCCGGAAGAACGGGAUGAAGCUGGACGUGUACCCGCCGACCGCGGGCGACCACAAGCUGCAGAUCUUUGCCAAGGGCAACUCGGAGAUCUACAGCUCCGUGCUGGAGUACACGCUCAAGUGCCACUGUGCAGACGUGGACGUCAGGCUGCCGGCUGAGUUGCACCAGCCCGUGGGCCCCAGCUGGUUCUCGGAGCAGAUGGGCAUCACCAAGCCAUCCCACACCGAGCCCGUCAUCUACACCAGCGACGGGCGCUGCUCUGUCAGCUUCGGUGUGGAGGAGGGCAUCAGCGUCCUGGCUUCGCUGCACGGAGACGAUGGCCCCGUCACCGAGGAGACCCAGCGACGCUACAUCUUCCAGCUGCACCGGGAGAAGCGGACGGAGCUGAAAGUGCAGCUGCCCCACGCCGGCAAGUUUGCGCUCAAGAUCUUCGUCAAGAAGAGGCAGGAACCGGGCAACUACCUUUUCGUCUUCAAUUACCUCAUUUGCUGUACCAACACCAAGGUGAACUGGCCCGUGUUCCCCGAGAGCUUUGGCAACUGGGGGGUGGACAAUGAGCUGCUGGAGCCACUGUCAGGCGUGCUGCCCGCCAACCGCAACGUCCCGUUCAAACUGAAGCUGCACGGCAUCGCCAAAGCCCUGGUGAAGGGGCAGGACACGUGGCCACUGACCCUGAGCCCCGAGGGCUACUGGGAGGGCAGCUGCAGCACCGCAGGCUGCCGGGAGGUGUACGUCAUGGUGCUGGAGAAUGCCAACCACAGCUUCUACUCCUACAUCCUCAAGUACCAGGUCAACGCCCAGUGA